AUGGAUAAGUCAAGAGAUGGAUCAAUGAUGUCUUCGUACGAUAGAUCCUCCUAAGCAAUCAGAUACUCAGAGACUGGCUCAAAAGAUAGAACAGAAUCUGAACUAAUGGAACUCAGUUCUAUUGAGCCGAGUUCAGUAAAAUGUCAAAUGUUUAUUUCUUACUAAUGGCACUACUUGAAGUAACUAAUGCAAUCUUAAUACUUUGUAUAGUUAAUACCAGCAAUCUCUGAUUCUGGAGGAGCACCCAUUAUGCUUAUGCCAUUAUCUUUUGUAGUUUUUGUCUCAAUGAUCAAGGAUAUUUUUGAAGAUCUUAAACGUCAUCAUAGCGACAACAUUGAAAAUAAUAGAAAAACUAUGGUAGCUAAUCCAGUAACUGGCGAAUUUGAGGAGAAAUUAUGGAGAGAUAUUCAUGUUGGCUAGGUACUCAAAAUUCAAUAAAAUGAAUACUUCCCAGCAGAUCUUGCUCUUAUCAAUAGUUCUGCCCCAAAAGGUAUAUGCUAUAUAGAGACUAAAAACCUAGAUGGAGAAACUAAUCUAAAACAUAAAUAAGCUAACAAAGAAACAGUUGAAAUUGCAUAGACUGAUAGCGAAGCAAUUUUUAAUAUGCAAAAAGUAAGAGUUGAGUGCGAGAAUCCUAAUGAAAUGCUGUACAAAUUUGAAGGGGUAUUAUUCAAUUCCAAUUAGCACAUACCGCUCAGUGUCGAGUAAAUGCUACUAAGAGGAAGUAGCUUGAGAAAUACUGAAUUCAUCUAUGGUAUUGUUAUUUUUACAGGACAUGAUACAAAAAUUAUGCGUAACUCAGUGAAAUCAAGAGCUAAAUUCUCUAAGUUAGAGAGGUCUACUAAUAAGUACAUCUUGAUAAUAGUACUGAUGUAAGUCGUUAUGAGUGCUAUUGGGGCUGUAGCAAAUUCAGUUUGGGAAAUUGUCUUCAAAGAAAAUUUUAGUUAUAUAAGACAUGACGACAAGGAACCUAUUUCUUUGAUGCUUAACAUGGUUAUUCAAUUUGGAACUUGGUUUCUAAGUUUUGUAAACUUAGUUCCUAUUUCUUUGAUGGUAGCAUUGGAGUGCGUGAAAUUUAUUUAAGCAAGUUUCAUCUAAUGGGAUGUAUCUAUCUAUGAUGAAACUAAGGAUCUUAAUACUAAAGUUUAAACAUCAAACCUAAACGAGGAACUUGGAACUGUUCAUUAUAUCUUCUCAGAUAAGACAGGAACUCUUACAUAAAACAUUAUGGAGUUCAAAAGAUUCUCAGCUGGAUUGAAAUCUUACGGAAUAAGAAACCCUAAACUUGACCAAGAUAAGCUUAAAAAAGAAGGAAUUACAAAUGUUAACUUCGAGGAUCCAACUCUAGAAUAGGAUUUUUCACAGAAUUUCAACUAUCUGAAUUCGUUUUUAGAAAUAUUGUCAGUUUGCCAUACAAUUAUUGUUGAAUAAAAAGAUGGAGUUCCAACUUACAAUGCUUCAUCUCCUGAUGAACUUGCCCUGGUCAAUGCUGCUAAAUACUUAGGAUAUUAAUUCUAAGGUAGAGAUGAGGAAGAUAAUAUUGUAAUUGAUUAAAGAGGAUAAAUACUCAAAUACAAACUGCUAAACUUGAUAGAAUUUACAUCAACAAGAAAGAGAAUGACAGUAAUUGUAAAAACUUAAGAUGAUAGAAUCAAAGUUUUAUGUAAAGGAGCAGAUUCAAUCAUCAUUCCAAGAUUAAAUAGCAAUCCAGUAUUAAUUGAUAAAACUACAAGAUUCUUAGAUAGUUAUGCUAAAGAAGGUUUGAGAACAUUACUGCUAGCAUGUAAAGAAAUAUCUGAGGAAGAAUAUUUUAGUUGGAAAGAAAAAUAUGAUGAAGCAUUAGUCUCACCAUAUAAUAGAGAGGAAGCUAUUAAUAAAGCAGCUGAAUUAAUGGAGUAUGACUUCAAUCUGAUCGGUUCCACAGCUAUAGAGGAUAAACUAUAAGAUGAUGUUGCAGAUACCAUAAAAUUCAUAAUGGAUACAGGAAUUAAAAUAUGGGUACUUACUGGAGAUAAAAUUGAAACUGCAAUCAAUAUUGGCUUUUCUUGCUCACUUUUAAAUCAAGAAAUGGAGAUUUUUGUUGUAGAUGAAAGAAGAACAAAAGAUAUAAUGCUUUAAAUAACUCAGCAUAGAAGAGAUCAAAAGCUUACUGAAAUUAUAAGAGAUAGUGCAAUUAUUGUGUCAGGAGAUUCAUUGAUUAAAAUUUGUAAGAAUUCCAGGGUGAGAGAUGAAUUCCUAGAGCUAACCUUAGCUGCUAAGGUUGUCAUUGCUUGUAGGGUAUCACCAAAAUAAAAAGCAGAAGUUGUAACAAUGGUUAGGUACAAGCAUAAGGAGCUAACAACUUUGGCUAUAGGAGAUGGGGCAAAUGAUGUUAAUAUGAUUACAGCUGCCCAUGUAGGCAUCGGUAUUAGUGGAUUAGAAGGAUAAUAAGCUGCAAGAUCAAGUGAUUAUGCAAUUGGAUAAUUCAAAUUCUUAAAGACGCUACUAUUUUACCAUGGAAGAGAAGCUUAUAGGAGAAAUAGUUACUUGAUUAGUUACAUGUUUUACAAAAACAUUCUUUUCGUUUUUCCUUUAUUCUGGUAUGGAACAUACUCAGUUUAUUCUGGAGUUUCAUUCUAUGAUCCAUAUCUCUAUCAAAUGUUUAAUCUGUUUUUUACAAGUAAUCCAAUUAUGUACUACGCAUUGUUCGACUACGAAUUUACUAAACAUGAAUUCUUAAAGAAUCCAAAACAUUAUAAACUUGGAUUAACUAAUUAAUGCUUUAGCAAGUGGGUAUUCUGGAGGUGGAUAUUUUAUGGUGCCUGGCAAGGAGCUUUAGUAGCAUUUUUUUGCAUUUAUUCCAUGGAGACUAUCAAUCAUGAAAAUGGAAGAACUAGUGAGCUAAUGGUUGAUGGGUAGUUUGUUUAUAUGGGAGUAGUUCUGCUUGUAAAUAUUAAGAUUCUAUCAUCAGCAUAUACAUACGAUGGAAUAUCUUUAUUUCUUGGUAUUGGUAGUAUUGGGGCAUUUGUCUUAUUCUUUUUUAUUCUGAGCUCUUUCGAAGCCUUCCCAGAAAUUUAUAAAAUCUUUGGUAUCGUUUUUACUAAUACGCUCUGCUAUGUUGCUCUAUUCUUUGUGGGUGGUGCUUGUAUCUUAGUUGAUAAUGGUUUACAUUUAGUUCAAUAUGAAAUUAAACUCAUGGUUGAGGCUGAAGAGUUAAAAAAGAAAAGAAGACUCGAAUAUUUGAUACAAAAAGAUAAUGCUAUCUAAAAAAGAAGAGUUACAAGGCUAUAACAUCGUGGAUUUGCCUUUUCAUAAGAAGCUGGUCAUGCACCAUAGAUUACUGAUAGGUUUCUCGUGAGAUUAAAGAAUACCAUAAGAAAUAAUUUUAAACCUUAAGUAUUAAGACCUACAUCUAUCUAUGAAAAUGGAAAUAAUAGCAUGGAUGAAAAUAAGUUUGACAUACAAAUACAAGAAGGUCAGCGUGCAACCUUAGCAGUUAGUAAAGACUACUUUACAUAGAAUUUAAAUACCAACUACUUUGAUGUGGGCUAUGAUAGUAGGAAUACUAGCAAUGAGAUCUUUUAAGUUUCUAUCAACUAAUGA